CACCUUCGAGAAGCUUUGAGAAGGUAUCAUGGCGGUAUAUGCUGGCAAGUAUUAACGUGUGAGCACGUGUAAGAAUAAAAAUUUCUUUUAUGGUGCGAAUGUAUGUGAAUAAAGCACUAAAAGUUGUAUAUUUUUGUAUACUGAAAAUUGUGUAUUAUAUGGGAAGGCAAUUGAGAUAUUCAAGCAUCUGGAAUUACUCGGCACAAUAGUGAAAUUUCUACGGAUUGUUUAAGCGUUACGUUGUUUAUCACAUCUGAAACGCUAUAUAACUUUAAGGACAAAUUUUCUUUGAUGCAAGUUGUGGCAACUGAAAAUUGUAUUUCAAGCAAUUGAGAUAUUCACAGGAAUUGCUCCUGAAAUUAUUAUCAGCACAAUAGUGAAAUUCCUGCGGAUUAUUUAAGCGUUAUGCAGUUGAUAUGCAUAACAUCUGAAACAUUAACUUUUAAGAGCUUUUUUUGAUGCGAGUCGUGGCAACUGUAUAUACAUACUGAAAACUAUAUUACAAACAAUUGAGAUAUUCACUGGAAUUGCUCCUGAAAUUAUUAUCAGCACAAUAGUGAAAUUCCUGUGGAUUAUUUAAACGUUAGUUGAUAUGCAUAACAUCUGAAACAUUAACUUUUAAAAGCUUUUUUUGAUGCGAGUCGUGGCAACUGUAUAUACAUACUGAAAACUAUAUUACAAGCAAUUGAGAUAUUCACUGGAAUUGGUCCUGGAAUUAUUAUCAACACAAUAGUGAUAUGCAAACAUGUCACGGGGGGAAAAAUUUAUAUGCAAACGUGCAAUUAGUUCUUCACAUAGAAUGAAAUUAGCGAAGUUGGAAACAAAAGUUUUAAUGGAAUCCUUUGAUAAACCAUCAAUGUCCAAUUCAACAUGGUCUUGCAAAAAUGACUUACAAAAUGAAAAUGAAUUACAAAACAAAAAUGAAUUGCAAAGUGAAAAUGAAUUACUACAUGAAAAUGAAUCACAAAACGAAAAUGAAUUUCAAAAUGAAAAUUUCACAUCUGAUAAUGAUACAAGUGAAUCUGAGAUAUCUGAUCAUAAUAUUAGAAUUUUGCAAGAUUUUACAAACAAUUUUACAGAAAGUAAUGAUUCGAAUAAUGAAUCAGAUCAAAAUAUUGAUUUUAAGAAAUUUUUAGCUAAUUGGACAGUUACAGAAUGUAUUUCACAUUCAUCAUUACGCUUAUUAUUAAAAGGUAUAAAACAGUAUGCAUGUCAAAAUUGUAGUUUUGAUAUUCCAUCUGAUCCAAGAAGUCUUGUAAAUACUCCUCGCAAUACUGAUACAGAUGUUUGUGGUAAUGGAUAUUAUUAUCAUUUUGGUUUGACAAAAUCAAUAUUAAAUGCCAUAUCAUCGAUUUCAAGAAAUAUCACUAAUAUUAAAAUAUCUAUAAAUAUUGAUGGAUUACCAUUAUCAAAGUCGUCACAACGCCAAUUUUGGCCAAUUUUGGGAUUCAUAGCUGAUUUUAAAAAAGUUUUUGUUAUCGGUAUUUAUUAUGGUACAGAAAAACCAACCGAUUCAAAUGAAUUUCUUCAAAAAUUCGUGAAUGAAGCUAAACUAUUAUGUAAAGAAGGAAUAAUUAUUAAUAACAAAAAUAUUCCUUGUAUAAUAGAUUCAAUAAUAUGUGAUGCGCCAGCAAAAGCAUUUAUACUGAAAAUAAAAGGACAUAAUGGUUAUUUCAGUUGCACUAAAUGCAUUACUGAAGGCAGUUACAUUAAUGGCAAAAUGUGUUUUCUUGAAAUUAAUGCACAGUUACGAACAGACAUAGAUUUUCGUUUAAGAAAAGAUGAAAAUUUUCAUGUUGGAUAUUCAAUUCUCUCAGAAAUUCCAAAUUUCGAUCUUGUACAUAAUAUACCUUUAGAUUACAUGCACCUUAUUUGUUUAGGAGUUACGCGAAAAUUAUUGUAUAUCUGGUUAUUUGGAGAACUUACAGUUCGUUUACGAAACAGAAAAGUUAAAGCAAUCUUAUGGCAGCUAGAAAAUGUAUUAAAAUUAUAUAUGCCAUGCGAAUUUGCACGUAAGCCAAGAUCACUUACUUUAGUAAAACUAUGGAAGGCUACAGAAUUUCGAAAUUUAUUAUUAUACACUGGUCCUAUAGCUUUGAAACCUUCUCUUCGAAAGGAUUUGUAUGACCAUUUUCUAGUGUUACAUGUAGCAAUUAGAAUAUUAUGUUCCUCAAAGUUACGAGAUUUUAUUGAUUAUGCUCACGAUCUUCUUAAACAUUUUGUAUCAUCAUUCAAGUUAUUAUAUGGUGUACAUAAUAUUUCCCAUAAUAUACAUGGACUAAUUCAUAUUGUAGAAGAUGCAAAAAAAUUUGGCACAUUAGAUUAUUUUAGUGCUUUUAAAUAUGAGAAUUACUUACAAACAUUUAAAAAAUUAUUGAAAAAGCAUGAUAAACCACUAGAACAAAUAGUUCGCAGAUACACUGAAUAUGAACAAAAUAAGAUCAAAGAGAACAAAGCAGAAGAAUGUGAAAUAACGUGUACUCAUUUUUUAGUAGACCUCAAAUCUACUCAUACAAAAGGUCCUUUAAUAGAAGGUUGUUAUAAUCCACAAUAUCGAAUAAUGAGAUGCUUAAAUACAACAAUACGUAUCGAUACUUUGGCAGAUAACUGUUGCCGCUUAAAAAAUGGAAACAUUAUUGAAGUGAAAAAUAUUGCUUACUGUAAAGAGCUUAAUACAAACGUUGUAAUAGGAAACGAAUUUUGUCAUAAAGAAGAUUUAUAUAAUAUUCCUUGCCAUUCGUCUUUUAUAGGAAUAUUUAUUAUAGAAAACUUAUCAGAAUUAAAGAUGUGGCCGGUAGAAGAUGUUGAAACAAAAUAUGUUAAGCUACCAUUAAUAAAAGAUAAUAAAUUUGCAGCUUUUCCAUUGUUGCAUUAAUUUUAAACAUAUUUCAAGAUAGAGAAAAAUAAAAAUAAAAAUAGAGUAUUUACUGAUUAUCAUCAUGGAAGAAUACUCCAUUGUUGAAUUUGAAGAUGGUUUGCAAAUGAUUCCCACUUCCUGGCUAAUAAAAGAUAAGAAUGCUGCUUAUUGGCCACAAUUUACUUCACAUGUGAGAUUUAUAAAAGCUGUGCAGAAAAAUAUUUUACCUGAUGAUAAUUGGCCCAUGUAUAACGUGAAAAGGAUCUUAGCUACUUCAAACACAUAUGAGAAAGGACUACUCAAAUUAAAAAAAGCAGAAUUUAUAUCGGACAUAAAUUCAGAAAGCGAUGACUCAGAAGAGUUAAAAAAAUCUCGAAAGAAUAGGGCCAAAAAAACAAUAUCAAGCAGCGAUGAUACUAAUGAUGAUGAAAGGAUUCAAUUACCAGCCUAUCCUAAAAUUCCACAUAUAAAAAAGGAUACACGUGAAAUGAAAAUGAAUAUAUUUCAUAAUAAGUCGAAGCAACAAUUAACGAAAAGGAUAUAUACCCUUGAAAAAAAAGAAUUGGAAAAAAAAAAUAUUAAUUUAACAGAAACAAAUCAAGCAACGUACAAUUUGGCUGAUGAUUGUGGAGCAAUACUUGAUAAAGAUGAAGAAAUUAUAUAUGAUGAUGAAUCUCCUAAUAACCAUUAUAAAACUGAAAAUAAUAAUAGUUCAUCAAACUCUGAUUUUCAACGCUAUAUAAUAAGAAAAUUAACAGAUAUAGGAUUUAAAUUAUCUUCAAUAGAAGAACAAGAAAGACUUUUAAACAAUAGAAUUGAUAUUAUGUUACGUAAACUUGAGAAAUGUUUUUCAUGUGAAGAAAUUUUGGACAAACAAAUUGCAGAAGAAUCUUUAAUGGAUAAUUUUCCUAUUGACAAUAUUGAGGAUCUGGAAAAAUUCGAAAAAUCGUUAAAAGAUAAUAUUAUUAACCGCAAAGAAUUGAUUAAGCAGCUAUCAUCUAUUGGAGGAAAUAAUAUCAAAGGCAUCACUUUUAAUCUUUUACGAGUGUUAAUGUCAGAUAAGUUAGCUUCUACAUUUAGUUAUGUUGGAGGAAAAAAAAAACGGAUAUUUUAUGAUUUACAACUACGAAAAAUUAUAUUUAAUGUUGUACGACUUCGAUUUGCAGAAGCAACUGAAUAUUGUAUUUCCGAGCCAAUCAAAUCUUGGUUACGACAUGCGAAUGAGCGUUAUCUAAAGAAAAAUAAGAUGGAUGACACAAAUGUAUAAAUGCAUCACGUAGCAAUUUGUUACAAAUGUGGAAAAAUAUUAUAUACAGAGUGACACACGCAUAUAUUAUUAUGAAGAAAAUUAUUCAUUUAUUUUUCUCUUAGGGAAAAGAUUAUGUAUAUUAUUAUGAAGAAAAUUAUUCAUUUAUUUUUCUCUUAGGGAAAAUCUUUUCUAUUUUAUGAAUAUAAAGUACAAAUGUUAAAAGCGUUCACAUAUUUUA